AUGCUUGACAAAAAUGACAACAGAGCCGAACGCCGCUCUGCUCUGGUCGCACCUGAACUGUCCAGGUUAGAUGUUGACAUUGCUGCCCUUAGUGAGGCAACCUUUCCGGAGGAGGGUAUUCUUCAGGAGCACAGCGCUGGAUACAGCAUGUUUUGGUCAGGGAAACUAGCAACAGAAAAGCAUCUUGCAGGUGUCGGUUUCAUGAUCAGAACAUCCAUUGUCUCCGAGCUGGAAAACCUGCCAACCGGUCAUUCUGACUGUGUCAUGUUCAUGCGUCUCCCUCUGAAGAAUAAGCAGUAUGCCACACUCUUUAGUGUAUACGCCCCAACUCUUCAAGUUGAGCCUGCAGAAAAAGACAAGUUCUACUCAGCGCUCCGCAGCCUUCUCCAAAGCACCCCUACAGAUGAUAAGUUGAUAAUCCUUUGCGACUUUAACUCCCGAGUGGGCCAAGAUGCAACUGCUUGGAAAGGAGUACUUGGCAAACACGACGUUGGAAACUGCAACGACAAUGGGCGUAUGCUACUGGAGUUGUGCACUGAGCAGCAACUGAUCAUCACUAACACCAUCUUUCAGCAAAAGGACUAUCUGAAGACAGCCUGGAUGCAUCCUCGGUGUAAACACUGGCACCUCAUUGAUUAUGUUCUAGUGCGCCAACUCAGAGAUGUUCUGCACACCAGAGUGAAGUCCAGCGCAGAAUGUCAUACCGACCAUCGUCUAGUGCGCUGUAAACUCAGGUUGCACUUCAAACCCAAACCAAGAAGGAAAGCCCCCCCCCCCAAAAAAAAACCAUUCAGACUCAGCGAACUCCAAUCUGAAGAAGUGAAAGCUGUCUUCCAGGUAGCCCUACUGACCAAACUUGAAAAUGACAUCUGUCCUGAAGAUCACUCUCCUGAAACACUCUGGGAUAAACUGAAAACUGCUAUCCUGCAAACAUCCAAAGAAGUUCUGGGGUAUACCUCGGAGAAGAGCAGAGACUGA